AUGAAACGAGAAUUUGAGAACGAUGAUGAGAUACACCCUAUUUAUUAUGUUUUUAACCACAUUUUCGAUCCAUAUACCUUUCAAAGAUGCUCGUUGGUUUGUAAAUCUUGGAAAAAAAUCCUUGACGAGCAUCCUUUCUGGCGAAAGGUUGUGGAGGAUUGCGGUCUCGAAUCUCCAAGACCGAACUCAAGAAAAUAUAAAACUUACAAGUCGAUAUUCGUUAAAAACUUCAACAAAUUGUGUCCAUGCUACAAGGGUUUGUUGAAGGAGCACGAUUUUGUCUAUGCUGUGAACUUCAAAUUACGUAUCUUACGAGAGUAUUGUUAUUAUAAGUUACGUUACAAAGUCUACAAGGAUAAUUAUGUUUAUCGUAAUCUUGUAAAUUUUGUUUUAGAAAAAAUCUUAAAGUUGAUAGAAAAAAGUGAUAUGUCAACUCAUUGUAUCUAUCUUUUAGGUUAUGUUAGAGAUUUAAUCAAUCAAAUUUACAAAAAACAUGAUAGAAUCGAGAAAUAUAAAGAAAUUUGUGAGUUUGUUAAAGUAGACUUUAUUAAGGUAGUUGUUCGAAAUUUGUAUCGCAUUAUCAAUGAUAAAACAUUAUACAUCGAGAAGUUUGGGGGUUAUGUGAAGGAUUGGCAUUAUAAAAUUGAUAAUAAAGCCGAGUAUAAAGAUUUGUAA